AAUAUUUGGAGCCAAAACCCGUCACCGCUCGCUUAUCCUAAUUAAAAAAGGAAUAUAUAUAUAUACACACAUAUUUUUUAAUAAUUUAAAUUCAACUUUUAUUAUAUUAUUAUUUAUAAUAUUUAUAUCUUCAACUGAUUCUUUCCACGUCGUUAAGUUGCGGAACCUAAACCUUUGCGUCUUACCGUUUUGCUCUACUUCCAUUCAAUCCUUCGCAAUCUUCCGUUGUUUCUCCUCGGAAUCAAGUUUUUCCGGUUUCUCGAAUUCAGUAUUUUUGGUUUUCAAUCUAAAAACUUGAGAAUUAGAAGCUCAAAUAUCGGUUCAGUUAUUUUCAACCAUCAUUCACAAGCCAAAAAAAAAAAAUCCGAAAUUUAUCAGUUUUGUAGGCUUACGUUUCCUCUAAUUAGUUAAAUUAGGGCUUCGAAAUCUGAUUUUAAGGUUUAUUGGGUCGGCCACACAAGUGGUUUAUCCUAGUUCGCAUCACCAGAUCGCUGUAUUCAAGAUUUGAAGUGUUAAUAAUUUGAAAAUUUUUAUAUACUCAAUUCAAUUUUUUGGUGUCCCGAUACGAAAUUAGGGUUUGGGGAAUGUUCAGAAGAUGAUUGUUAAAAAGACAAUGAAAGUUGAAAUGCCGAAUUUGAAGCGGUGUAAGGUGAAAAAACCUAGCAUUAGUGAAUAUGAAGAAGAGGAUUACGAGUGUCUGUUGAUUCCAAAGAAACGCAAAACUAACGGAUUUGAUUCUUAUUCAAUUGGUAUGUAUACUGAAAUCGAUGACUAUAGCAGUGGUUCGGGUUCUUGGAUUGGUGAAGGAUCUUAUUGGGCUGGUGAGGUGCAGUCAAAUUCUAAGAGAUUGAAGAGGCCUCCGGUAUCUAGAUCUUCACGGGGACGAUUACAGAUGCUUCCUUCGAGGUUUAGUGAUUCGGUUGUUGAUAUGUGGAAGAAUGAGGAAUGUAGAGCUGGCGACACUGAUUUUAGCCUUGAGGAUGACGCUGAUGGAUUUGUAGAAGAUAAAGAGGAUUUUAUUAAUGUUAAGAGAUGUAGAUAUACUGAAAAGGAGUUUGUAAAGAAUAAGUUUGGAUUUGGAAGUUGUAAUUCUAAUUCUUAUUCAUUUUAUGAAGAGGAAGGAAAUGGAGGAAUUGGCGAUGUAGGGUUCAAUAAUUUUCAGUAUAAAAACUACAAUGUGAAUAAUUUGAGGUCGCAUGACUAUGUGCCAGGAUUCAGAUAUAGUGGUGCGCAGAAAUUGAGAAGUGAAGGAGCUGGGAAUAAGAAGAAGAAGGAUGUUUAUAAGCCAGAGGAUUUUGCUUUGGGAGAUUUAGUUUGGGCAAAAUGUGGGAAAAGAUAUCCAUGGUGGCCAGGUAUUGUGAUUGAUCCUAUACUGGAAGCUCCUGAAGCUGUUCUUAGCUGUUGUCUUCCCGGUGCUCUCUGUGUCAUGUUUUAUGGUUAUUCUAAAAAUGGAACACGAAGGGAUUAUGCAUGGGUAAAACAAGGGAUGUUAUUUCCAUUUGCAGAAUUCAUGGAUAGAUUUCAGGGACAGACCCAAUUGUAUAAUUGCAAGAUGAGUGACUUUCAGAUGGCACUGGAAGAGGCAAUUUUAGCAGAAAAUGGUUUCUUGGAAACAAGAGUUAGUGCUGCACAUAUGGCACUUUCAGAAGCUAACCUCAAUGGUUUCCAAGAAGCAAGCGGUUCAAGUCAAGAUCAAGAGUUUUAUGGCCAAUACCAGAAUGUGUCUUACAAGGAUAUGAGAUGCUGUGAUAGCUGUAAUCUAAUCUUGCCAUGCAAAACUAUCAAAAGAAAGGCCUCAGUUUUCCAGACAGAACUUAUAUGUAAACAUUGUGCUAAGUUAAGAAAGUCAAAGCAGUAUUGUGGCAUAUGCAAGAAGAUUUGGCACCAUUCAGAUGGUGGGAAUUGGGUAUGUUGUGAUGGUUGUAAUGUUUGGGUGCACGCUGAGUGUGACAACAUUUCUCGCAAACUUUUCAAGGAUCUGGAGAAUUUCGACUAUUAUUGUCCUGAUUGCAGAGUCAAGUUUAAGUUUGAUUCAAAUUAUUUUGAGAGAAUAAAGCUGCAUGUCAAAUCCAUAGUAAACAAUGGACAAGCUACGCCACCUGAUGAAAUUACUGUGGUGUGCAAUGGGAUGGAAGGAACAUAUAUUCCAAAACUUCAUCUAAUUGUUUGCAAGUGUGGUUCAUGUGGAUCUCGCAAGCAAACACCAAGUGAAUGGGAAAGGCACACUGGGUGCAGAGCCAAAAAAUGGAAGCACAGUGUGAAAGUCAAGGAUACAAUGUUACCACUGGAAAAAUGGAUUGCAGAGUACAAUACACAUGGAGUAGAUACUCUGAUAUUAGAUAAGCAGAAGCUGCUUGCUUUUUUGCAAGAGAAGUAUGAUCCGGUUUAUGCAAAAUGGACAACAGAAAGGUGUGCUGUUUGUAGAUGGGUUGAAGAUUGGGAUGUCAACAAAAUUAUAAUCUGCAACAGGUGUCAAAUUGCUGUCCACCAAGAAUGCUAUGGAGUGAAGAACAUUCAAGAUCUUACUUCUUGGGUGUGCAGAGCUUGUGAAACUCCUGAUGUUAUGAGGGAGUGUUGCCUUUGUCCUGUGAAAGGGGGAGCUUUAAAACCUAGCGAUAUUGAGAUGCUUUGGGUUCAUGUAACAUGCGCCUGGUUCCGACCUGAAGUUGCUUUCUUGAAUCAUGAAAAGAUGGAACCUGCCACUGGAAUCUUUAGAAUUCCAUCAACUACAUUUUUGAAGAGUUGUGUUAUAUGUAGUCAGACGCAUGGUUCCUGCAUUCAGUGUUGCAAAUGUGCCACCUAUUUUCACGCAAUGUGUGCGUCAAGAGCAGGAUAUUUCAUGGAAUUGCACUGCAUAGAGAAGAAUGGGAUCCAAGUGACAAAAAAAUUGGCAUACUGUGCUGUUCACAGGACACCCAGUGUAGACUCUGUUGUUGUGGUGCGUAGUCCUACAGGGGUUUUUGCUGCCAGAAGCUUGCUUCAGAAACAGAAUGGGUGCUUCGGUGGUUCAAGGUUGAUUUCAUAUCAGGGAAUGGAAGGCCUUCCUGAACCCUCUACCUCAGAGACUAAUGAGUUUGAGCCACUUUCUUCUGCGCGAUGUCGUGCUUAUAAAAGAACAAACAAAAAGAGGGCUGAAGGAGAGCCAAUAUUCCACCGACUGAUGGGACUGAGACAUCAUUCUUUAGAUGCCAUAAGUAGCUUGAGCACCCAUAAAGUAGAGAUGGAUGAUUCCUUAGUCUUCUCUUCAUUUAAGGAGAGACUUUGCCAUUUGCAGAAAACUGAAUGUCAUCGGGUUUGUUUUGGUAAAUCUGGAAUACAUGGAUGGGGCCUCUUUGCUCGCAGAAAUAUUCAAGAGGGAGAAAUGGUCAUCGAGUAUCGUGGUGAGCAGGUGAGGAGGAGUAUUGCAGAUCUAAGGGAGUCACGAUAUCGUUUAGAAGGCAAAGAUUGCUAUUUGUUUAAGAUAAGUGAGGAAGUGGUAAUUGAUGCAACAAAUAAGGGGAACAUAGCACGCUUGAUCAACCAUUCGUGUAUGCCUAACUGCUAUGCAAGGAUAAUGAGUGUGGGUGAUGUGGAGAAUCGUAUAGUUCUUAUUGCUAAGACCAAUGUCUCCGCGGCGGAUGAGCUAACGUAUGAUUACUUAUUCGAUCCAGAUGAGCAUGAUGACUUGAAGGUCCCUUGUCUCUGUAGAGCUCCCAACUGUCGGAAGUUCAUGAAUUAAUUCUCUUGUUGAAUCUUAAUGCAUCCGUUGGAAGCAUCAGAUCCAUCUUCCUGUUUUCUUUUUUGUUCUAGGAAAGGUAGGUUCCUGUAAUUUUUUUUAGAUAGACUCUGGUAACCAUGUAAUUUUUGAGCUGCUAUAAAAAUGUAAAUUCCGUUGCUGAUUGAAUGUCGUAAUUUGUAAUGAAAUUUUCAUUCAAUAAAUGGCAAUCUGGUGGGUCUCCUAUCGUUCGGUUA